UGGGCCAAGGAGGGCUCCUGGAGGCUUGUUCUGGGUAAAAGCUGGUCUCCUUGAACCUCGGAAGGUGGGGGAACCCACAUCCUGGUCUCACCCGCCCAACCGCCCACUCACCCUUGGGUUAGCAGCCAUCUAAGCCCCACCCUCCCCCUCACACGCUUAGCUAGCCUGCCACAAGUUGGCCCCUUGGCCUCCUAGAGACCCAGACAUCUCCACCAGCAGCAUCCGUCCUCUCUCCUCAGGGAGGCAUGCAUUUGACGCUCGAGGUCCCUGGCAGUUGUGAUCCUUGGCAAGUGAUGUACCUCACUGCUCAGAUCCCCUUCGCCAACUGGGACAUCUUCCGACAUGGCCUGGAUGCUGUUGCUCAUCUUGAUCAUGGUCCAUCCAGGCUAGAGUACAGUGGCAAUAUCUCAGCUCACUGCAGCCUCCAACUCCUGGGUACAAGUGAUUCUCCUGUCUUAGCCUCCCAAGUAGCUGGGAUUACAGGAUCCUGUGCUCUCUGGGUGUCCCAGCCCCCUGAGAUUCGUACCCUGGAAGGAUCCUCUGCCUUCCUGCCCUGCUCCUUCAAUGCCAGCCAAGGGAGACUGGCCAUUGGCUCCGUCACGUGGUUCCGAGAUGAGGUGGUUCCAGGGAAGGAGGUGAGGAAUGGAACCCCAGAGUUCAGGGGCCGCCUGGCCCCACUUGCUUCUUCCCGUUUCCUCCGUGACCACCAGGCUGAGCUGCACAUCUGGGACGUGCGAGGCCAUGACGCCAGCAUCUACGUGUGCAGAGUGGAGGUGCUGGGCCUGGGUGUCGGGACAGGGAAUGGGACUCGGCUGGUGGUGGAGAAAGAACAUCCUCAGCUAGGGGCUGGUACAGUCCUCCUCCUUCGGGCUGGAUUCUAUGCUGUCAGCUUUCUCUCUGUGGCCGUGGGCAGCACCGUCUAUUACCAGGGCAAGUGCCACUGUCACAUGGGAACACACUGCCACUCCUCAGAUGGGCCCCGAGGAGUUUUUCCAGAGCCCAGAGGUCCCUAAUCCUCUUCAAAAGACCCCAGCAAAUCUGCCCCACCACUAACUCCUCCUUAUGAGUCUCAAGUGUUUUCUUCUCCAUUCUCCAGAUGCCAGAUCUACUCUCUCUGGAUUCCCCCAACUCUGAACUCUCCCUUCCACCAGGUCUGACCUGGAAAGGUCCAAGAAGGCAGCUUCCGGCUGUGGUCCCAGGGCCCCUCCCACCACCAUGUGGGAGCUCAGCACACCCGCUUCCCCCAGUCCCAGGAGGCUGAGCCUGAUUGUCCUGAGAAAUGGGAAGGAUCAGAUAUGACUCCUCCUUGGCAACUGCCCUUUCCUGCCAGGCCCACACAUACCCUCUUCUGGCUGUUAGGGGAGCUUGGGUCCCUGAACACUGUCAUUCACCCAAUAAAUUACUAUUUGACCCCAGAGUGGGUGGAAGGGUGA